AUAAUCAAUCACAUCAGCUCAUUUUGAGCACAUCCAGUCUCAACUAGACUUACAACCAUCAUCAACUUAUUCAUAUUUUUCAUCAUUUUCCAUGACGCCAAAGAACUCAUCCACGCGUCAUCGCGGUAGACCGCCGCCGGGCGUCAAGGGUCAAUCGUCACCAGAUUAUCCAUCUCAUCGUGCUUAUCACGCAGCGUCGCGCAUUCAUCAGUUGAGCGGAAUGUGGCCAAAUGAGCUGUGCAAAGGCUUUGUUCCUGACAUGUGGGGAAUUCGACUCAUCGAGAGUCUCUCUGCGCUGGUGUCGCUCGUGGUGACCAACAAAGUUGAUAUUGAAGAGGUGCGACGCAGACUGAAAGGUCAUGCGAACCACCACCCACGCACAAAGUAUCCCCAACUACGCAAAUCUGAUAUUCUCAAAGCCCGGAAAUGGCUUCGCGGUAUGGGGAUUGAUACCAAGCAUACAAAUCUAAAUGAGCCUGUAACAGUGAAUGACCAGAGCGACGAUGAGAUUGGCGACAGUGACGCGACUGAAGCAGACUCUGAACCUGUUGAUGAAAUAGUAGCUUUGGGUUUGCCCGAGGAUCAGAUCUCAGAGGAUACCGAUGAAGACGAGGAUGAAGUUGAAGAGGACGAGGAGGAGAAUGAAGGACAACACAAUGAACCGGGGCAAGUUCAAGAUGGUGACGCUGAAGAACAGGAAGAGGAAGAGGAGGUGGAGGAGCAAGAGGACGAGAAUGACCUCGACUGGGCUGCGCCGAAGAAACAGAGCCCAAAGAAACUGAGUCCGCCUCGAGAAAGACGCCGCUCACCAGCCAGAGAAAUCGUCGAGAUCGAAGACGACGAGACAGAUAAGGGAACAGUGGUGGAUCCAGGUGGUGAUGGCUUCAUGAUGAAUGACAGUCCAGAGCCUGUACAGCCAAACGGUCUAUCUGGACCUGAUCACAGAACCUCAACACCCAACUCUGCAUCAGCAGCCUCAAGCCGUCCGCGGCGCAGUAUCCAACAACCAUCUCGCUUAGUAUCAGAUACACCUAGGAGCUCUGUUCGCCAAAGCAGCGGCUCAGCAGAGUACACGUCUGCGACUCUCGCUGUCAGGAGUCCACCGGGUUCGCAACAACAAACACCAAGUUUUCAAGUACCGGUGCCCAUACCCGCAACUUCUCAGCGCGAUAUGCGCCCUCCUCAACAACCUACACCAACUGCCUCUCCUGCAAACACAAUGCAGAAUUUUGUGAAACCUCGCCCACAAUCACAUACAGCAGUGCCUCUUCCCCCAAUCCCCGGAACCAAAAUUGCAAUGCAACUCCAACGAUCCAAUAGCCAGCCAUCGGCUUCAACUUCCGCUUCAAAUUCUCGGAGUUCCGCAACUCCCCGCACACAAGCCAGCUCUCAGCCAUUGGCGUCGCCCCGCACUAGUGCUACCUCUCAGACCCCUCAACAGCAAUUAGGCAACUGGUCAUCAGCGUCUAACCCCGUGGCUCCUCAAGGUGCUUACACCCAAUCAGUGAACAGUCAACAAUCGACGCCUCAUCACCUGGCUCCAUCUCGGGGUAAUAAGCGCCCGGCUGAAUCAUCACCAGCAGCAUCAUUUGUGAACAAUACCCCAACGAACGCCUCACGAUCUGGAGCAAAGAGGCAAAGGACAUCUAAUGCUCUACCGCAUCAGUUUCAAGUGCCUAGAGCAAUCAAUUGGGACGCAGUUUUGCCCUCUGGAGACGAGUUCAAAGAAAGCUUGAAAAAUGCUUCCGAUGCCAUAAAGCCAUUUGUGCACAAGUUUGAAGAACUGUUGGCCGACAUCGACGACGAGCAACGCAGGCUCUCUGCCGUUCAGAGCAGCCUUUUCCAUAAAAAGAACGAUUAUACAAACGACCAAAAGAAAGCCCAGGACGCUCUCAAAGACGUUGAGGAAUCCACAGCCAACGAAAACACAACGCUUAGAGGUCUUGAGGAAGUUUACCAGAAGAACCCCGGGGAUGCUGAGCUCCGCACCUUCAUCAAUAAGCGGAAGCAGACUAUUCUCGAGCACAAGGAGGUAUACAUCAUCGUCAAAAGCCAGCUCGACAAGAGCAACGCUGGAAUAUACAAGACCGAUCAUGAGAUUGCGCUUGUUACUAAGAGACUUGGGCAGCUUGAUGCUGAGAGAGCGGAUGUUCUGAGGGAGAAGGAGGGUGUUGACAAGGCAGCCAAGCGGGUGAGAAUAAUGUCGAAAUUCAUGGAACCUUCAUGGCAGGCUACGCUGGAUAUGCUUCUGCAGUCUGUGGGUCCUGAAGUUUUGGAAAAGGCUUUCUGAGAGGGAUAUUCAUUGCUUUGAGUACAUUUCGAAGGUGUAAUAUCUAGGGCAAAAGCUUUAUCAAGCGGGGCGUUUUCUCGGACAGGAUACCUUGUAUGUUUUAUAAAGUGUAGUGUAAUCAGAAUGCUUGAAACUUCUAGAACCG